AUGUGUGAAUAUGAAAAGGAAUUACAGGAUAGAGAGAAAAGCAGCAGUGGAGAUGAAGAAUAUUUUAGGGACUACAAAGGGAGAAAAGCACAUCCCAGAAAGCAUGGUGGCUUCAGAGCUUCUGCCAUUACUUGUGUGGUGGGGGUGCUGGAGAACAUGGUGUUCCUAUCAAAUGCAAUCAACUUCGUUUCCUACUUUCUCAAGUCAAUGCAUUACUCAGCAGCCAAGUCUUCCAACAUGGUCACUAACUUCAUGGGAACCUCCUUUCUCCUCACCAUUGUUGGAGGCUUUAUCAGUGACUCCUUCUUCACAAGGUUCACGACAUUCAUCAUUUCCUGUGUCAUAGAAUUACUGGGGCUAAUCUUGCUGACAUACCAAGCUCAACACUCUAAUUUGAAACCAGCGGAGAAUAGAACACCUUCUAAGAGUCAAGCUGCUAUACUCUACUGUGGACUCUAUGCGAUUGCCACUGGUGUUGGUGGGAUCAAGGCUUCGUUGCCUACACAUGGAGCUGAUCAGCUUGAUCACCAUAAGCAACAUCACAUGUCUUCAUUCUUCAGUUGGUACUUCUGUUCCUUAUGCACGGGAGGCCUUGUUGCAGCAAGUGUCAUGGUUUGGGUUCAAGAGAAUCAUGGCUGGAACUUGAGUUUUGUGAUUUCUGAUAUAGUCUUGGCUUUGGCUCUUUGUAUUUUCGUCCUUGCCUUUCCCUUUUAUCGCUAUAAAUCUCCUUCUGGAAGCCCUCUAACAAGGACCAUUAAGGUGUUUGCUUCUUCAGCUCGUAACUGGAAAGCUUCAGCAGUGGGGAGGGUAAAUCUUGGGGCAGUAGCAGAGGAAGACGCAACAGAACAAUCUCAAGAUAAAUUCAAGUUUUUAAACAAAGCUUUGCUAGAUGAAACGGUGGAUGAAGCUGAUAUUGAAGAAACAAAAGCCUUCCUUGGAUUGCUUCCAAUCUUCUUAACCACAAUCAUGAUGAACUGUUGCCUAGCUCAGCUUCAAACAUUCUCAGUUCAACAAGGAAUCAUCAUGAACAGAAAGCUCCACAGCUUCACAAUCCCUACCCAGUCCCUCACAGUACUUCCCCUCAUCAUCAUGAUCGCUUCCAUACCGAUUUUCGAGAACCUUAAAUACUUUUACAAACACAAACGCUUAACUCAAAGUAAGAUCCUUCAACCACUUGGAAGAAUUGGAGUAGGCCUAGUUCUUGCGUCAGUGUCCAUGGCAGUGGCAGCCAUAGUUGAAGCUAAGAGAAGAGAAGAAGCCAACAAGAACGAAGCUGUGAUAGUAUCAGUUUUCUGGUUAGGAUGGCAAUACUUGUUCUUGGCCAUAUCAGAUGCACUUACUUUGAGUGGAACACUUGAGUUUUUCUAUUCUAAAGCACCCGGUAGGAUGAGAAGCAUGUGUACUGCACUGUCAUGGUGUUCAGCCUCCAUGGGAUAUUUUUUCAGCUCAGUUCUUGUGAAGAUAAGCAAUGAAGUAAGCGGGAGAUACGGUAAAGAGUGGCUUGGAGGACAUGAUCUGAAUUAUGCAAGGUUGGAUCUGUUCUAUACUCUGCUUUCUGUUCUCAACUUUCUUAAUUUCUUGCUUUACUUGUACUGUGCUAAGAGGUACUAA